UCUUCAAUCACCUGCCCCCGACUUCACGACGAACCCACAGCCGCGAGAAACUCCAGACAGGCAGCGGAGCGCUCGUCCAUUUUCGCAGAAGCCUCGCCAUACGUGCAGGCGCGAGCAUUAUCGACGAUCGCCCUCCUUCGCCGCGUGCCCGACAAGCCUCAUGCGACGAUAAACCGCCAACCCCUUACCAACGUCCACCGGCUCAGGAGGUAUAUGUCGCGGCUCGCGCUGUUCACGACCCGAAUUCGUUACUGUCGCGCCCACAUCGCCGCAGUGCUUGACUGUCCAUGAUAGGGCUGUAAGACCGCUACCACCGGGUUCGGCCGCCCAUCAAAGACAUCAAUACACAAGGGGAUUGCGGCACCGUUGCCCCCCCUGUGUUUGCACUCUGCCCUCGAUGAUGGUGCGUCACAUACCCCAUACUCAACCCCCCUUGGCGACGGACGGCAGUGCUAGUGAGAUCGCGUUGGAGAAGCUCAGAUCAGUGUCUUGUGCUGGAGAAGCGGGGAGUCGACGAGAUUGAACAACCCCCCGCGCCAAGGUCCUUGCCGUGAACAUAAUUCAUGAUCGAGCGAAUUUCAGUCAUGCUGACAUGCGUCGAUCGCUCCCUAGACCUCAUCUAGACCCCGCGACGAUGUCCCUGGCAGCUUUGGCAGCCGACGAGGCCAUGCCAGCCAGCUGUCCAUAUCAGACCCAAGCCACCAUGUGACAGAAGCGAUUGGAACCCUGUACGGCGACGAAGACGACUCAGGCUCUGAAGGGGGCCGACCCUUGAGCUUCAUUGACGGGUCAUCCUAUCACGAACAGAUCACGAGGCCGGCGCCGCAGGAACAAAGAGACAGCCAGCACAGGCAUAACGACGACACCCGAAGGCGCCUCUCGCGAUCCGUUUCGGAUCAGCCGCCCAUCGCUCCGAACUCUGGCAGUGAUCAGCUUAGCCUUCGCAAAACCCAGACGCUCCCCAUCACGCCCCCGUCGCAACGGACCAUGUCCUACGAAAAUGGCGCCAAGCCGCCUUUAUCUCCGACAUUGUCGUUGCGCGACGUUCAGGCAGAUGCGACUGGCUCCCAAUUUCCCUUGACUAACAUCGAUAAUCCAAGUGAUAUCGCCCAGGAACUAAGCAAUCUUCAGGCACUGCGGAGACUGUCUAUGGAUGUCGGAAACAAUAUCGAUCCCGAUAUGCCACCCAUGGGCCUCUCUGUCAUGCCCUCGAUAGCCCCAAGUGGCGACGACGACGAAAAUGACCCUUCAAGACUCCUUUGGGUUCCUGCCAGAGUUCACCCAGAGCUUGCGCCGACCGAAUUCAAGUCCUUUCUCGAGAAGCGCGUGCAGUCCAUUCGGCGGAGAUCCGGAGAGUCCUUGCUCUCGGUAGAUGGCAAUUUGAGCCGCAACGACUCUGGUUCGUCCUUGAGGCGGAAAAAGUCCAUGUUGUCUCGGCAGAUAGACAACUCUGGUGGACGCGGCGCUGUCGGCUACGUUGAUGGCGCCGAACGCCUGGAGCGGAAGAAAUCUGCUGGUGACAAUCGCCACAGCCCGGAACUCAGCCUCGAGGAACUCGUCAAGGAUCCGACCAAGGCUGUCCAAAAGCUCGCACAAGAGUCUCAGGGUACAACAAGUGGAUUAGAAGGCAGCGCCGACGAUAUGCCUAUUUUACCAAUGGCGCCGGGAAUGGGCUUGCGCCGCUCCACGAGAACGACGUAUCGAAAAGGCGGUAGCCUGCGCUCCGGUGAUAAAGGCUCCUUUUCCAGGCGCUACGCGAACCGCCAACACGAUAGUGAGUCGUCUGAAACGAUCCCGCCACCCACGGCGGAGGCACCGCCUGGCCACUCGAUUGGUAGGGUUCAGUCUGAGCCCGUCGCCGAAAACUACUCACGUCCAACGCGAUCCGUUCGGAGACAACGCAACUUCCCUCAAGAAUCCACUACAGCCCCUGCCGGUGCUGACGGUUCUUCCGAGGAUUCCACUGAGAAUCGCGUCGCAUCGCCGCCCCAGGUUCACCAGGACCAGCUGCCAGCUCGCACCUCAACUUCGUCCGCUUCGCCAGCUCUGGACUCGACUGCGCCCGCAGAACGCACAGAUCGUCCAGAGAAUCAGUUCAACCAGCACUCUAGAUCGUUUCCACAGCGCUCAUCGUCUCAGAGUCUGGCGACAACCCACGAGACUCAACCCGAAAUCGUUGUGGAAGAACCACCACCUCGUUCAAGCCGACGCUCAGGCAACAAUAGCGCCAUGAAGCACACUAACCAGCCUCAAUACACUUCCAAGUCGCCUGUAUCGAUGCAACUGCACACCGUGAACGACGCACUCGCGUCACCUUCUUCCAUUUCAGGAGGCGACGCUUCUCGCACGGACAACCUCACGUUCAUCCCUACGCUUGCUCAAGGGGACAAGAAACCUGAAAGAAAGUCAAAGAAAGACCGAGAUGACGAGUCCACUAGUGGAUCCAGCAGAUCCGGCAGCGCCUGGAAAUGGUUGAAGGGUGUGACGGACGACCGGGAGAAGAAAAAGGAGGAGAGCAAAAAGUCCAAAACGAGAACACUGGCCGCGAAAGCCCAGGACAAUGCCAGACUCGACGUUAUACAGACGUCAAUCGACAAGAGCAAUAUCAAAAGCCGCGAAAGCCUUGUGUUGGAUCGCGAGAACGUCGACAGCAAGCUCCUGGAGGAGCGCAGAAAAGAGAGCAACCGCAAGAGUGACUCCAAGAAGGACAAGGACGGCAGCAUCUUCUCUUCAAUAUUCGGAGGCAGCAAGCGGAAGGAGGAGAAGGAGAAGGUGCACAAGAAGAAUCAGCAUCUUCAAGUACCAGAAGACCCUCCGUACAAGCCGCUCCAGCCGGACGUGGACUACAAUUGGACACGGUUCCCGCUCUUGGAAGAGAGGGCGAUUUAUCGGAUGGCCCACAUCAAGCUGGCCAACCCGCGUCGAUCCCUUCUCAGCCAAGUCCUCCUGAGCAACUUCAUGUACAGCUAUUUGGCCAUCGUUCAGGCGAUGCACCCGCAGAUGAAUGUGCCGACUUCGCCCCAGCAGAAGCGGCUGGAGGAGGAGGCCCGACGCAAGCAGCAGGAGCAGGAAUACCUGGCGCAGCAGCAGAUACAGGACGAUCAAGACGCUGAAAAUAGUCUCGAUCAGUACAACUUCGACUACCACAGAGCUGCUGUUCAGUAUGCCGAUUCUGCGGGCGACGGCCAAGUAGAGUACGUCGACGAUGCUCAGAUAUACGAAGAUGAGCACGGCAACGAUAACAGUCACGAUGCCUAUGGGUACGAGGGCUACGGCCAGGACAUGAAAGACUACUAUCAAUACAAUGACAACGCGGAUGACGAUCGGAACCACCGUCGUCAAGAUGACAUGUGGUAAGGCGCAUCACAUGUCGGCAAUUCGAUUUGGCGCUCAAUACUUUUCGAUUAUCUAUCUAUAUAGCCACUCCCGUCUUUUGGGCCAGCCUGGAGCAUCACGCAGGGACCGUGUACGAUGCGUUGACACAAUUUAGCAUAUGGCGGAGUUUGGGUUGGAGGCACGGAGCGCGUUUCAAGUGUGUCGACGUCUUGCGGAGCUCAUUUUAUCAUGCCAGAUAUCGUUUUGGGCCGGAACGGCUGAAUGCAAGAUUCCAGGAUGCAAGCGCGGUGGCUCUCGUACUCUUGACGUCGAAGUACAAUGCUUGGACGAGAUACACGUGCAUAUAUCCUCGGACCCUGCUGAGGUGGUGGGUCGCGGAGCUGUAUCAGACGCCACAUGGACAUAACACUGAUUCUAUGAGAAGCCUAGACGAUGGCGUGCUGGCAGGUGUUGAAUCAUGGGUCAGAAUGGAGCUUCAGAGCGCAGCCUAGUAUUUGUGAAAUGGCGGAAUAGCGAUAAAGACCAUUGACGUUGAAUGCCACAUAGCAGUGCGCCCCGUGGCCACAUUUGAACGACUCGCGUCGUCUUAUAAUGAGGGUCAGGUGAUUGCUAUCAGGAUUUCACAAAAUACGACAACACGCAGCUAUGGUUGGCGAAGGCAGCAGUGUAUGCUGGUUUGGAACAGAAUAACGACAAGAAUGUACAGUACAA